AUAUAUAUGAGAAGACCGUGUUUGCGUAAAAUCUGAAUUCCACUAUUUCCUUUUCUCUCGAAAAAUUAUAGCAAGAGUCCGAGUUCGUCUCUACCAAAAGUUCCCCCAAAUUGUUUUCAUGGAUACUUCCCUUGAUUCAAUUAGAUUGUUAUUUCUGUCCUGCAAUUCAUAUAUAAACUCGCCCCCACUUCAAUUUUUUCAUUCUUCAACCUCUUGUUUUCAUCUUUCUGAUUUUGAUUUUAGUCGUCGCUGUGUUUUUUCUUUCUAACCUAGAUUCUCUAUAUUAUUUUGAUUUUGGAGUAAUACUAUAGCAAUUAGAGGUUUUUGAUUCUGAUUUGUUGCUGCGAUGGGUAGAAAAAGUUCGCAGAAGAAAAAUGCUGCAAUGCUGGAUAGUGACGACACAGCUAGUUUGAGCUCAUCAACAUCAUCUAUGCCGUUGGACCAUAUGGCCGAUUUUGGUGCCGAUGAAGUGGUGGUGAAUGACGACACUUUGCUCGAUCAGUACUUAGACGCUUUGUUUGAGAAGAGAGGGGCUACUAGGGAGAAAGCUUUGGCAUCAAUUAUCGAAGCCUUCAAUGGCCACUUGCAGCAUAGUUUUGCUGAAAAGAAGUUUGCUACAUUGCUUCACCAGUGCUUGAAUUCGGUCAAAAAAGGUUCCGCAAAGGAGGUUACUUUGGCGGCUCAUGCAAUAGGACUUUUAUCACUGACUGUUGGUCCUGGGGAUAAAGCCCUAGAGAUCUUGGAAGAAUCAUUUGUUCCUAUUUCAGAGGCGCUUAGAAUCCAUCCGGAGACAUCUAAGACAUCAUCUUUGCUCCAGUGUUUGGCUGUCAUCACUUUCGUCGGCGGUGAAGAACCGGAAGAGACAGAGAAAUCAAUGCAGAUAGUGUGGCAAGUGGCUCAUCCUAAACUAGGUCCAAAUGUGGCUGCUGCUAAACCUUCACCGGCAUUGACAGCAAUGGGGGUCACAGCCUGGUCGUUUCUUCUUACAAGUAUCGAAGGACGAGCUCUCAACUCCAAGAGUUGGCAAGAGUCAAUGUCAUACUUUUCGACUCUGCUGGAAAAGGAUGACAGAUCGCUGAGAAUUGCUGCUGGUGAAGCUCUUGCUUUGAUUUUCGAGAUGGGAAGCCUCGAGAAAUUCUGUGGUGAUAGUAAGGUGUCUAACGUGCCCUCUGUUGAUGAAGGGAAUGAUUCUCGAAAAUCAAUGCACAUACAUGGGCUAAAAAAUAAAAUACUAAAUCAAGUACGUGCCCUUUCAAUAGAGGCUGGCGGUAAAGGGACUGGUAAGAAAGAUCUCAAUAACCAGAGGAACACGUUUCAGGAUAUACUCCAAUUGGUUGAGGAUGGUUAUCCCCCGCAAACCUCGACAAAAAUUGGUGGAGAUUAUUUGUACACAGACACAUGGCAAGAUUUGAUUCGGUUGAACUUCUUGAAGCACUUUCUUGGAGGAGGUUUCGAUAAGCACAUACAGGAUAAUCAGUUUCUUCUUGACCUCUUUGGUUUUGCACCCAAGAAGAAGCUUCUAUCGGGGGCUGAGCGACGCAUGACUAGUCAUGAAAAGAGGAUGUACAAGUCACCUAAUUCCGCCGCUAAUAAAGCACGGACGCAAUCACUUAACAAACAAAGGAUGUUGUCCCAGGAUAAAAAUGUUGGCCAAUUUGCGGUGGAUUUUGGCGACAUUUGAACGAGGAGCAGCUGUGUUCUGGCAUUUGGUUAAAAUUUAUAUUUAUUGCAGUAAUAAACUUCUAAAAAAUUCACUAUUGGCUCUUUUUACAAGGGAGGUUAUUUAUGUGAUUUGAUUUCCUAGGAUUCAUAUAUGUAAAGUAAUUUUAUUAUCUGUUCGAUUCAUAUAUACUGGAUGGUGUGGCGACUGAUAAUACUUAUAUUUGUUUGAUUUAUUAAAA